AUGCCGGCCAGCGCUGCCGAGGCCGCCGCGGAAGGCGAGGAGAAGGCGGCGGAGGCUGGGGGCAGGGAGCUGCUGUACUGCGGCACGGUGCGCUUCGACAUCAUGGGCCGGAAGGUGAAGGGAGGGCAUGAGGGCAGAGGCAACCUGGUGUCCCCGACGCGGCUGCGCCCUCUCGUGGGCGUGGACAUCCGCUUCGUCGCCUCCGGCUGCGCGGCUUGCCACUGUGUUGCUCUGAGUGCUGACGGCCGUUGCUUCUCAUGGGGUCGAAAUGAGAAUGGGCAGCUGGGACAUGGGGACACUCUCUUGCGUAACCUGCCAACUGUUGUUUCUGAACUAUCAAAAUAUAACAUAAUUGCAGCAGGUGUUGGAAGAAAACAUACAGUGGUCGUAACUGACGAAGGGAAGUCCUUCGCAUUUGGUGACAACAAACAUGGACAACUGGGGACCGGUUCACUGAAGAGUGGAACUGUGGUGUCGCCAGUCCCCUGCCUUGUUACUAAAGCGACUAAUGCUGUUUGUGGUGCUGACUUUACUGUCUGGCUGUCAUCAGUCGAGGGCUCUUCAAUACUGACAGCAGGUCUUCCCCAGUAUGGCCAACUUGGUCAUGGAAGCGACAAUGAGUAUAAUGCCAAAGUUUCAUCGGUAAGUCUAGUAUAUGAUCCCCAGCCCCACCCCAGGGCAAUAGCUGCAUUUUCUGGGAACACUGUUGUCAAAGUUGCAUGUGGAACAAAUCAUACAGUUGCAGCUGAUUCAUGUGGCUUUGUUUACACCUGGGGUUUUGGUGGAUAUGGAAGGUUGGGCCACAAUGAACAGAAGGAUGAGUGGCAACCACGCCUUGUUGAAAUAUUUCAAAAGAGCAAUAUCCUGGGUCCCAAUGAUAUCAUCUCAGCCGGUUCUGCAAGUUCUGCCUGCACUGCUGGUGGUCGCGGGCAGCUGUAUAUGUGGGGAAAGGUGAAGAAUUCAGGCGAUGAGUGGAUGUAUCCAAAGCCAGUUAUGGAUUUAAGUGGUUGGAACAUCCGCUGCAUGGCUUCUGGUAACAUGCACCACACUGUUGGUGCAGAUGAUUCUUGCAUAAGUUGGGGCCAUUCUGAAUAUGGAGAGCUUGGUUAUGGUCCAACACAAAAGUCAUCUGUAAAUCCUAAAAAGGUUGACAUUCUUGAAGGAAUGCAUGUUACAAGUGUUGGUUGUGGAGUUGGGAUGUCUCUGAUCGUUGUUGACAGGGCAAAUGUUGGUGGUAAGCUUGACCAGCUGGAUACUUUUGAUGGUGAUGCUGAUGCUGUCUUUCAAGAGAACACGAAAGAGCUCUACUUUCCUCCGCGCCGCAAUGGGAAAGGAAAACCAAAUACAAAUACGAGCCAACAUCCCGCAGUCGAUGAAACAGAAGAAGAGACGUCCGAGGCGGAGCAGGUCACCAAGGCGGCAUCUCGCACCACGAAUUCACGGUCCAACAAGCGCAAGAAAGCCUUGGGACAUGCAGAAGCAGAGGACGAGGACGAGACUGGUGAAGUGCCCGAGGAGGCAGAGUGUGGCAGCCAUGGCCGCGGGCAGUCUACAAGAAGGGGCAGAGGCAGAGGCAGGGGAGCCAAGGCGGCGACUCCGGAGCCAAUGCCGUCCGGUAGGGGCAGAGGCAGGCCCAAGAAGGGGAGCCCUGGCGCUGCUCCUCCGGAAGCGGAAAGCUCGGGACGAGGUGGAAAGAAGAGCGGGAAGCGAGGGAGGCCUCGCAAGUGA